GAGUUGUGUUGCUUGGAGCUCAAGAAAGUGUCUAGUUGUGCGCAAACGAGGGCGAGAUCUCGCGCUCGUUUGAUUUUGUCGAAGAGAAUGUCGCAUUGUGUCCCGCUGGUGAACUUCAACUUGUACACCUGUGGCGGGCGUGUUGGUUCUUCACAAAAAGAAACCGCCGUCAAAUCGAUAGAGAACUACCUUAACGGUAAACGGUUUUUUGUAAAGAUCUUGAUCUAGAUACUUCCCAUCCACCGAGAGUACCAUCCUCUCAGUCCGACUUCUCGAGCUGAAGAGGAACAUCCAUCACAAUUGUAAGCGGUUCUUGGAAUUACUUUCGCUGACAUUUUUCCUGCGUGUGGUCAGCGCAAAUGUUCCCUCCACGUGCCGCGCAACCGGGGAGUGGGUUGGUAGUUAUUUUUAUUUAUUUUUUGCAUGUAGGUUUUUCAUGGUGUUGUGAUCCUGAGCGAACAAUUUUAUCAUCUACGAUCUCUGCUUUUGAUCAAAGCUACAAGGCGUAAGCGUAAAUCAAGAAAGAAAAUUAAAUCUAUCAAAAACAGCAACUCCGCCCUCCGCAGCUGUUUUCCCGGCCUGGGAGCUGUCAGCACCUGGGGUCGACAACCAAUCAGAUGCAGCGUGUAGAGACAAAUCCGGUCUUGCACGGCUCGACAAACUAUGAACUGCAAAAGCAUCGUACUAUUAUAAAUUGCAAUACAAAUUAGCUCAGCAUUACAGAUUAAAUUUAUAAUACAGAUUUCCCUUAAUAAUGCAUAAAAGCAAUUAGUGCGAGUGCGAUACUUUUGCACAGGAUACAAACACGGAUCAGAUGGGGACCACGCGGGAGAUGAGCCAGGUAGAAUGAUUUUGACCUUGCACAUGCACCCGUACAGCUUGCAUGAAGUAGUUCUCAUUUUGCCUGAUCAAUGAAUUCUGAUGCGAACAAUACGUACUCCACUUCCCAUGUCUUAUUGUUCAACCAUAAGUUUUGUUGAACACAAAUUAUCUACAGUCGCGUCUCAAAAUCGGCCUAAGCGGCUUCAACUUUCGUCUCGGGGCCGGCGGCAACAUGUCCUCUCCGCUGAGCCACAGCGGCCCCACACCGCAGUUUCAGAUGCAAAAUGGGACGAUGAUGGGAAGUAGUAAUAUGGGAGCUGUAAUGAAUCCGAAUGGCGUGGCGAACCACCCGUUAACAAACCAACCACUUUCCCAGACCGCUGAGGUCGCGGUCAUCUCGUCCCAGAGCAGUCGGUCGCCGCAGCAACAGGCCAGUACUACCAUGGGAGGUGGACACAACACCAGCAACAGGCAGCAGGGCAACAUGGGAAAUUCAAACAGGAGUCCACCUUCUAGCUCAUCAUCUUCCAGCAGUCGCGCGCAUCAACACCAGCAUCAAUUAUCUUCCGGUGUUGAGACGCAGAACGGCCCCGCGCCGACCGCGAACAAGCCACGCUUUCCCGCGCCCAGCUCAUCGAGCAAGGAAAUCGCUCCGUCGUCGCGGGAUCAACACGGAAAUAGUGCUAAACCAGGAGCAGCCACUGCAUCAGCGAGGAACCAUGGUGGUGGCGGGGCUACUAGGAACAACAAUCCAGGGCCGUACAGUAAAACCAGUCCAUCAACCACUCGUGGAGGAGGGAUGAACAACGGACAACAUCAGCAUCCUUUAACCGGCACCAGUCAGGCGAGCUCCUCUUCCCGUCCGGCGAAUAAGAACGCGGGAGCAGGAGGUGGCGGCGCAACUGGUACUUCUUCUACCCAAAAGCAGCAACAGCCGAGCCAUCUCGCUGGUGACUCUCGUCGCGGCAGCCCGACGCUGCAGGGGUCUUCCGCUUCCGGAGCAUCGUCGGGAGGGGUGGCAGCUGCAAGGGGGCAAGGACAAGGAGGUAAGCACGUAGUUGGUCGAGAAGUAGUAAAAAGAACAGCAACACGUCGGCAGUGUAUGUACAUGUAGAUACUUUAUCGAGCGCCGUUGAGUCUGAAUUUGUGUAUAUGACCUGUUGUUCUGCACUUCAAUCACCCCACAAGUAACAUCACCUCAGGUGGUCAACACCGGACCCAAGCCCACCCGUCCACGACUUCCGCUUCCACUUCCCGCUUACACGGAAUAUGGAUUGUAAAAAUGUCUGGGUCUGGAAGAAUGCAACUUGUGAUGCUGUUUUUGGAUUCUAAAAAAAUUUGUAUUGCAUGAGCAGCAGAAGAGGUCCAGUUUUUGCCAUUUCGAGAGGGCAUUUCCCAUGCGGUCUAGGCAUCAGAAAGCCCUCACAUAAUCUGUGACGCUAGGGCAUGCAUCACAGACAUCAGGACUCAUGCGAAAUGUGCAUGACAAACCUUGCAUCCUUCCAGACCCAGACAUUUUUACAUUUGAUACGGAAGUCAGAACCACAACUACCACCCGUCAAGCCGGAAUUUGAAAUCGCAGAAGGACUUGCAGGAGUUCGAGCAGCAGGCCAUGCACGCGAAAUUACAGGGAAAUCAUUUGGAGGAGGAGCAACUUCUGCGCAACCAGGCGACGAACUUGUCGAAGGAGAUCCACUAUCCUGUGCAAAAGUAUCGCGCUCGUACUAAUUGCAUUUAUGCAUUACAAAUCUCGUUCCUAAUGCAAAUCCGCAUUACAAAUUUAAUUUAGUAAUGCUGAGCCAAUUUCAAUUUGUAUUGCAGUUUAUACUAGUGCGUUUCUUUUGCAAUGCAUAUCCACCAACUAGCGCACGAACACGAGGAAUUGGAAACCCGGCGUAUUCCGAUCUUGGAUGAGGAGAUCAAAAAGCUGAACGAGAAAAAAUUGAAGGUAGCCGAGGAGGAGAAGCAGAUUAAGGAGCAUUUUGAGAAUAUGGAAGCGUCAGGUUUGAAAUCGCCAAAGUUGAAAUAAAUUGCGAGGCAUAAAAUGCAUAGCGCGAAAUACAUGUGUCGCAGAGCAGGCAAGGGAGGCCGAUUGUAAGCCUGUUUGGGGUUAGAGCUUGAGCUGCUAAAGUAGCAUAAGAAAAUCAUUCGUCUUUGCCCAAACAGCAUGACAAACUGGCUUUAGGCAUCACCAAAAUUUGUCAUGCGCCGCUUGAUAAGUGGGCUUCCGACUGGCAUUCAUUUUAUGCAUGGCAAAUCAUUUCAGCUGUGUCAAUUUCGAUUCUGACAGUUCCAUAGAGAAAGAAACGGAGAAGCACGAGCGGUUUCUGAGGAGGCACAAGCAGGUGCAGAAGGAUUUGAAGGAACAGGAUGCCAUCAACGCGGAGAAGAUGGAGAAAGAAAAAUUGCGAUUGGAAAAGGAGGAAAUCCAACCGGCGCGGGAAAAGCGGGAAAGGUUGUUGAAGGAAGAGGAGGAGCUGAAAAAACAGCAAAAAGAGCAGACGAAGGAGUGGCGGUCGAAGAUUGAUCAUCACCAGGGCAUCUACAACGAGCAUUUGAAGAACAAGAUAUCAACUACAAAUAUGUCUUGGUCUGGAAACUUGUAAUGCGAGCUGGUUAAUCGUGAGACCUCGUGUGCAUUUGGCAGUCCAGCAUGACAAGCUUCUGACUUGCAGCUGUGUGUUGGCUAUAUUGCAUCACAGACAGCGUUUCUACUUGACAGAAAAGUCAAAAUGGGGCGAUGCGCAUGACAGAUUUGCGAGUCAUGGCAGCCAAGUAUGACAAACUUACAUUCAUCUUCCAGACCCAGAGACAUUUGCAAUGCAUACAAGAACGCCUUGUACAAAUCGCUGGAAGACACGUAUAACGGGAUCAAACAGAAGCUGAACAUGACGGAAAUAUGCAUAUGCAAAAGUAUUGUGCUAGUAGUAAUUGCAAUACAAAUUAGCUCAGCAUGACAAGAAAUGGAAUCUGUCAUGCUGAUUUAGCUUGGAAAAGAGAUUUGUCAUGCAUAUCUGCAAUUGGUGCGAGCGAGUGCGGUGCUUUUGCAAUGCAUAGAAAAAGCAGUACAACGACUUGAAACUUGAAGCGUCCAAGCUGCAAAACGAAAAGCAGACGCUGGAGCAGGAAACCGCGACGGUCAUUCAGCAGACGAAACAGUACAGGAUUUGGUUUGGUGUAGUGAUUCUUACGAAUGAUCUUGAUUCUUGGCAACCAAAUGCAUGUAAGAGAAAUUUCUGAUGCGCAGCGCGAUUCGCACUGCAAGAAACAGAAACUUCAAUACGAAAAACGACAUUAUCAGGGCCAAAGCGGAUAUCGAGAAAUACCAGGAGGAGACGAAAGCCAGCGAGGCACGGUUUUUCGAGGCCCAGCGCAGUAUCGCAAGGAAUAACGACAAACUGGAACAAAUUGCGGCUACGGUAUAGGAAUUCAAAUUUUGGAUGUUGUUCUUCUUCUUUGGUGUGAAAAAUGGAAUGCAGAGCAAAGCGUUUUGUUUCUUUUAGGGAUGUCUAUUCUGAAUCUCAAUCUUCUUGCAUUCUUUUUCGCCCCCGGCCUCUUUCAUUCUUGAGAAAAAACAAAAAAACAGCAACUGCGCAUCGAAGAAUCCUUGGCGCAAAUCGACCAAGAGCAGAAGCACGCCGACCAAGUUUUCGAAGAGAGCCGCGCGAAACUGGAAAAAACGAAUCAAGAGUCGGACAAGCUGCGGGCGAUCAUGUAUAAAAGUUAAGAAGAACAGCAGCUUGUCAUGCGCUUCUUGCUUUUCAUGAAUGGAAACGGAUGAAAGAGUAGGAAAUUCUCAUGCGUAAAAAAAUGCCAUCGCGUGUUCUGUGAAUUCGAAAAAAAAAAACACACACACUAUCAGCGCCAAGGUCCAGGAGUGGCAGGGCAAGAUUCAGGAGAUUCGGUCCAAGAAGGAGGAGUUUCAGCAGGACGCGGUAAAAAUGGCGGACCACGGGGUCAUAUGCUUUGCAAAAGUAUCGUACUCGUAUUGCAAUCACGCAUAUAGAAAUCUUCUUUUUAAGGUAAAUCUGCAUUACAAAUUUUAUUUCUCAUGCUGAGGAAAUUCGUAAUGCAUGUAUACGAGUGCGAUGCUUUUGCAGUUCAUAGGUCACGCCGUUAGAAAUGCUCCAGUCGGUCGCGCCGCUGCAGCAACGGGUCUUUUCCAGCGAGUGUCAGAAGUCGGCGGAACGGACCUUGCUGUUGCACCACGAAGAUAUGGGAUAUAAUGUGGUCGGAGCGUGAUAUAGAUCUAGAAGAGGUGUAGACGCUCUGUUGAAUCAGUGAACUUAAAAAUGUUCUUGGCUGUUUUUCUAAUUUCUUUAUCUUUUCAUCACCAUCAGGAAAAUUAGGGUGUUGGCGCAAUUCGUGGGAACAAAGAAAUUCCAACACGAGGUCGAGCACUGAAUUCUCCUAAGUCAUGAUUACAAACAAACAAGCAGGAUGUAGGAUUCUUCAACCGGGGGUCCUCCGACUCCGUGGAUCCAUUUACACAAACAAACAGACAAAAAAAAUUUCUCACGCUCAUAGUUGUACGCAAAAGUUCAAGUUUGCUACUAGAACAGAAUCUCAGCAGGUUUCUUUCAAGGUUUAUGUCGCUACCGCUAGAACUAGAAGCAGAAGGAUGACCACCGUGUUACAACUCAAGUUCUAAAGGAAGAUAGAGCUUGUCGUUUCUGUAGCGUGGCAUUCAAUUCUUGUUAUUUCAAAAGUCUACCGGCGCCGCUGGCUAGAUGUAGAAAAUCUCAAUACGCGUUUCUUUAAACUAUCACGGCAACAGAUGACAGAGCUAGAGCCGCUUCUUCGACGUUCCUUGUCUUGACUAUCGCCAGAGCUUGUUUCAACACUUACCGCCGAAGAUCCACCACGAUGUUGUAAUCUUUCGACCAAAUAAGUAGAAUCCAAGGUCUCGCUCACCAGCAAAAACAAUAGAACCACAACUGUUGCCAACACUGUCCCCCCCACUGAGACAAAGUAAGUGAUAAUACCAGCAACGAUACUAGUUCUAGUGCCCGCCACCGCCUCUGGUGUAGUUUUAAAAUUCCGAAGUCUCGUAUACAAGAUUGCCGCUGCCGGCACUUCCACUUGCAGUGACUCCUGGCUGACGGCGGCUGCAUUGUGUUUCUACUUCGCAAAAGAUUUGGUCGGGAUGUUCGUUCCCAGGAAGUUUCCUUUGAGAGAAGUGGCAGAACUAGAUUUGGCUCAGCGGAG